UUUCCCUCCUUGAAUCGGUGGAUCCUCUUCACAGAAAAAAGCCCCAACUCUCUCUUCCCAGCUUUCUCUGUAAAUCCGCCAUUCUCUCUCUCUCUCUCUCUGCAUUGCUGCAAAUCUGUUCCUUCAUUUCUGAAUCUUCACCGAAAGCUCUGUUUCUCUUUCUCUUUCUCUCUCUGAAACUCUUAGAAUCUCGCAAAUGGAAGGUCUCUCGGAAGAAUCUUCCGACACUUCCCAACAACAAAAAGCUUCGGUCUCCAACGAGGACGAUGACCAACGAGUCUACUUCGUGCCCUACAAGUGGUGGAAGGAGGCGCAAGGCUCUUCUUCGGCGCUUGAUUUGGAUGGGAAGAGAGGGGUUUUGUACACUGCAAGGCCAGCGCCAUCCUAUGGUGGCGCGAUGAAGUUAAUCAAUAUAUUUAGCUCAGAUCUUGUAUUCAAUUUGAGGAGAGAGGAUGAUUCUGUCCAGAAUAAUGAGAAUGCUGAAGUUGGGAUCUCGGGUCGGGACUAUGCGCUGGUUCCUGGGGAAAUGUGGCUGGAGGCACUGAAAUGGCACAGUGUUUCUAAAACUGCAAUGAAGAAUGGUAGAAGCUUUUCGGCUGCAGAAGACGAUAUGGCUGAUGUGUAUCCUCUACAGCUUAGGCUAUCUGUUUUACGAGAAGCAAAUUCUCUGGGAGUAAGAAUAAGCAAGAAGGACAAUGCAGUUGAGCGCUUCAGGAGAGCCUGCAAGAUUUUCAGUGUUGAGCCUGAGCUAUUGCGCAUAUGGGAUUAUUCUGGGCAGACAACCCUACUUUUUUCAAGUGACAAGAAUAGGUUUGCAAAAGAGACUCAACGGCAGUCUGACCCAGAGAUUUUCCUUGAGUUGCAAGUUUAUGGGUUGUCAGAUUUUAUUAGAAGCAGAGAAUGGAAGAAAGAUGACACAUCAGGGCCUCUUCCAAAUGGAACUUCCCCUAUGAUGAAUGGUGGCCGUACCAAUUUGAAUUCUAGUUUUGAUCGGGGCAAUUCACCAACCUUUUCUGGAGGCUUUGGUGAAGCUGGUUCCUUGGGCCUGACUGGAUUACAAAACCUUGGAAAUACUUGUUUCAUGAACAGUGCUCUUCAGUGCUUGGUUCACACGCCAAAGCUCAUAGACUACUUUCUUGGGGAUUACAGGAGGGAAAUAAACCAUGACAACCCACUGGGCAUGGAUGGUGAGAUUGCUUUAGCAUUUGGUGAUUUGUUGCGGAAGUUAUGGGCUCCUGGGGCAACUCCAGUAGCACCAAGAUUAUUCAAGUCAAAACUUUCCCAUUUUGCUCCUCAAUUCAGUGGUUUUAAUCAACAUGAUUCUCAAGAGCUUCUUGCUUUUUUAUUGGAUGGGCUUCAUGAAGAUUUGAAUCGUGUGAAAAGCAAACCUUAUGCAGAAGUCAAGGAUGGGGAUGGUCGGUCUGAUGAAGAAGUAGCCGAUGAGUACUGGCAGAAUCAUCUGGCUCGCAAUGAUUCUAUUAUUGUUGAUGUGUGCCAAGGUCAGUAUAGGUCCACAUUAGUUUGUCCUGUUUGCCGAAAGGUCUCUAUUAUGUUUGAUCCGUUCAUGUAUCUAUCAUUACCUCUACCAUCAACAACAAUGCGGACAAUGACAUUGACAGUCAUGGGCACUGAUGGAAGCACUCCACCAUCUCCAUUUACUAUUACUGUGCCCAAGCAUGGAAAGUUUGAAGAUCUUAUACACAGUUUAAGCACUGCUUGUUCAUUAGGGGCUGAUGAGACUCUUUUGGUAGCUGAGAUAUACAACAAUCGCAUCAUACGCUAUCUUGGGGAGCCAAGUGAUUCAUUAUCCUUAAUUAGAGAUGACGACCGCCUGGUUGCUUAUAGGUUACCAAAGGAUGCUGAUAAUGCCUCAAUAGUUGUAUUUAUGCAUCAGCAUGCAGAAGAGAUGCAUAGGGUCAGGAAAGCACUUAGCUAAAAUACAGACACCAUGGCUUGGUUAAGGGUGAAGUAACUCAAUUAUAGGAAGAGAGAUUGUUGUGGACGCAUGAAAAAUGGAAACAAAACAGAGAUUGUCUCUUUUUAUAAGGGUUUCUCCAAGAUUUUCAGAGGAUAUAACCCAAAUAAUGUUAAGAGGUAUGAGAUAUAAGCUGACAAAGUUAAUUAAGAGGUCUUCCUGCUGGGAAACUAAGUUUUUAAAUCAUAAUGAAGAUUCUCUUUUUCAGACAGGCCUGAAGCAACUAGGACGGACUUGCAGAGGGUGUAGUGCCUUGGACUUCCAAUUUUAGUCCCCAAGCUAUAAUUUUGACUAGCCUGGCCUUAAACUUGGCAUAGACAAAGUGGUACGGUUUGUUGUUUUAUUUAUCAAUUAGUGCAGUAGUUAAGAAAUGUUAGUUCCCAAACCAAGGCAUCAGGACUGCUGUUAGUUUAUAUCUCGUCCAGUUUGUUGAACAAGAGAAUUUCAAAAGCCAAGCAUUUCUUGCUAAUUAUAAUUCCAAUUUCUCCCAAUAAAAUGCAUGGUCAUCCAUUUCUUGACAUGCUAUUAUGUGAGGAGUGAGGACACAUGUCGUCCUGAUUCCUGAUGAUAUGUCAAGC